AUGGCAGAAGCGUUCAACGGUUUCGAGGCUCGAGUCGACAGAGCUAUCACAGACCUCGAAGACGCUCUCUUAGGGAUCACCGAUGAAGACAUCCGAGAAGUGCUGAGGCUCAAGAAUUUCGAGCUCCUGGAUGAGACGAGGUUCCGGGAAUUCAAGGAUCAAGUAAAAGACACCUUACUAGACCGUUUGAUAGAGAACGGUCGUCAACAGCCAGCCGACAAGAUGGAGGUCGCCUCUCAGUCCACGAGCGAGAGCGCGGAUUUCGACAUCACAUGCUCGUCGUAUAUGAAAAUCGGACCCGGACAUCGUGGACCUGAUGGAGCGACCGAUAGCGAUAUCGAUAGGCUGAUGGCUCUCGCCAACGUCUCAAGCGAAGAUUCCCAGGAUUUCGGUAACUUCAGCCUCGGAGACGGGGGACGUGAGCUGGCGGACCGUCUGACGUCCGAGAACGAUUUCUUGAGAGCCAACCCCGAGUUCGCACAGUCAACUUUCUGUCGGAGAUCGUCUCCUCAUUCCCCUAACUCAAGAGCUCACAGGCGUCGAGCGAAUUCGGUCAGCUCCGACUUCGGUAGGAACGAUCCUCAAGCAUCCCAGUACUGCAAGAAGAGGAAAGCAUUCGAGGAUUUCGUGCGGCACGAAUGCAAAACCCAGAUGGACUUGAUCACCGGACCAAAUCAAAGUGUUUGGGUUCCCACCAGACCGAAAUGCUCUCCACAAGUGCGUUACUACCAAUACAAGAAGAUUUGGGACAAGUUUCCUAUUCCUGGAGAAAAGCCGCGACGAGAACUACGUUGGGCGAUAAGGAACCAGCUGGCCAAGAAAGAAGAGCCUCAGAAACAAUCUUGGUGGCCGGAGGUCAAGUCGCCAUAG